AUGAAGGCAUUCAUUUCCUUCUUUCGACGAGUUCGUUCUGUCUUCUUGUUAUGUGGAACUGUAACUCUGCUUCUCUAUUACACAUUUCAAAAUGAGCUCAACACUCUCAACUCAUAUGCAGAGACAGAGUCACUGCCGCAAAUUAACAAACAGCUGCCGCUGGUACCGAACUUAGCUGUUACAGAUACAGCAAAUUCGCCAAAUGCUGCGACGCCCCUACCACUCGCCGUCUCGCAAGACGUGGAUGAACAAUUGCUGGAUCCCAAAGUCUUGGUGGACAAAAACAGGUUCUUUCCGUUGAUCCACAAGCAAGAAGACACGCUAUCUAUAUAUUCGGAGCUUGAGUUGGACGGACAGUCAGAUACAGGACCUUACAAGCCCCGCUACCCUUCCCGGUAUGCUACGUCUUUUAAAAGGCCGCUGGCGCUCAAUAAGCCGGCGCAAUCGCUCCCACAGCUCCAAGCGCCUAGUUUCAGCCCACAGUCCUCAUCAAUGGCGCAAAAUAUGGCAGAAACCGUAAAAGAGCAGUUCCUGGUGUCUUGGCGAGCAUAUUCACGACUCGCAUUGGGAAGCGAUGAGCUGAAGCCUUUAUCCAAAAAUCCUGCCUCCAAUGGUCUUUCAAGAGCAACGACAAUGCUAGAGUCCCUGGACAUGCUAUACAUGCUGAAUCAAACAGAGGAUAUUGCUAGGGUGUUGACAUACAUCUCACAAAUGGAUUUUACAAAAUCCACAGAAGCCUUAGUUGAUAUUCCGCAAAGCGUAGAACGGUCGCUGGGCGCCCUAAUUUCUGCAUAUGAGUUAUCCAACCACGAAGAAAAACUGCUGCUUACAAAAGCCACUGAGCUGGGAGAUUUCCUGUUACGCGCCUUUGACACCCCUAACAGAAUUCCCAUUUUGCAGUUUCCGUGGAAUUCCAAGUUGAAUAACAGAUUUCCCUUUAAGGACUCUAACAUUGGCCAAAUGGGAUCUCUCUCACUGGAGUUUAUGAGGCUUACACAAUUAACCAAAGAUGACAAAUAUGCAGAAGCCGUUGAGCACAUAUACAACACCGCUUUCGACUCAGUCGGUCAGUUUGAUAUCGACUACCUAUUUCCUUCCACUAUUGACGCGACGGGCUGUCAUUUGCUACCUAAGGAGAGAGUCGAGUCCGGAGAACAUGCUAAGGGUAACGUUAUGAAAAGUAUCAUGGAUGGCAAGUACGUUCAGUGUCUCCAGACGGGGCAAUUCAGACCAGCACCGGACAUGAAGACCACUUUCACUGCCCACCAGAGCUUACCAUUCUACAACAACAUGGUCAAAUUCUACCAGUUUCUUCCUGGUGUUGACACGACAGACGAGCAGAAGUUUACCAAGUUCUUGGUCAACAGUUUCGAUAGAAUACGCCGGCUAAUGAUAUUUAGCCCUGCACUACCAAAUAAGGAGAGGCAGAAGUUGGCGUUUGUCAAUUCGAUAUCCACCGAGUCGUACUACGAUAUCCUCAAGAAUGAGCAAAUUGUCAAGAUAAAUCCCGAUUAUACCAUGCACCAUUCUAGCUGUGCUUUGGGAUCAACUUUUGCGUUGCUGGGGAAAAUCUCGGACAACCAAGAAUUUAUGGAUACCGCCGAGUCCAUAACAAGAGGAUGUGCGCAGGUCUACAAACUCCUGGGCGUAAUGCCCGAGAGUGUACAUGCAUACAAGUGUUCAGAACCUGCUUGCGACUUCGACCCUGCAGAGAUAGUCGACCGGAAACCCAAACCGUCGAGACAGGACUCUAUGAUUGGCGUUAAGAUAAACGACUAUAGCACAGAUAAGCAUGCACCUCCCGAGAAACCUUCCAAAGUCUACUACCUCGCAGAAGAGAUGAUUUUCGAUCCCAUACACGAAUCAGACUACUGGUUCACCGGAUCAGAAUUGCCGGAAUAUUUUGAUGGAGCGAAUCCGGGAUUUAAUUUGUCAUCCGAGGUAAUCGAAUCUGUAUUCUACCUCUACCGAAUCACGGGCAAUGAGUGUUGGCGGGACCUGGGCGUAGAAUUAUGGGAGCAUACCAUGCAAGUGAUUAAUGAACCCAGAGCGAAGGGCGUUGGUCAAAUAUCAUCUCUUAGCAACGUGUUCACAAAAGAACGACUGGAUGCCUUACCUGCAGAUUGGUUUUCGAAGCAUUUGAAGUAUUACUAUCUUCUUUUCCAGGAUCCAAGCUGCUAUGCUUUAGACGACUACAUAUUCACGCAUGGGGGUCAUUUGCUUAUGAAACCCGUAACGCACCAUGCACAAGCAGCACACAAAAGUGGCACUUCGAUUAACGCUUUGCUCGAAAAGCUGAAUCUGCAGACCGAAGGCACUGGGAUCGGGUCGUAG